AUAUUAUUAAUCUCUAGACAGAUACGCAGUUCUGACAUAACCUUAAUAGUAUACGAGAUAAACUAUUCGAAUACGGUAGUGUAGCCUAGUUCCAAAUUUAAACAUCACACAAUCGAUUUUUCUAUUAUCCUGAGUAUCGUUUAAAGUAAAAUUAUGCCUGAAUCACCCGUAGACGUAAGAGAUAUUUCGACGAGGUUAUUUAAGGCUAAUGCGAUAAAAUUUGGUGAUUUCGUCGUGGGCACGGGGGCAACGACACCGGUUUAUUUUGAUUUUAGGGUUAUAGUUAGUUACCCUGAUUUAAUGAGAGACCUUUCAAUUGUUAUAGGCAUCAAAAUCAAUCAGAUAAUCAAGCAAGGGCCAAGGAAAACCGUAAUAUGUGGGAUACCAUACAGUGCGGUACCAAUAACAGCACUGGUAUCCCAACACACAGACUUACCCAUGGUAAUGAAGAGAAAAGAGGUAAAGGAAUAUGGAACAAAACAACUCGUUGAAGGAGUAUGGAAUAAAGGAGACACAUGCAUUUUAGUUGAUGACGUUAUAAUGUUUGGCGAUAGCAUCAUUGAAACUGUAGAGGAACUUAGGGAAACUGGGUUCGAAUGUACAGAUGUGGUAGUAGUUUGUGACCGAGAGCAGGGAGCAAUAGCAAAGGUAGCCGCUAAGGGUAUCAGAGUACACGCCCUUCUUACCUUGACAGAGAUAAUGGAGCACCUCUUUGACGAGGAAUACAUUACACAAGAAACUUUUGAUAUGGUUCGAAAAUAUUUGGCUGCGAAUCAAGUGGCGCGAUAAUUAAAAGCAACCACUUAUGUUUUUAUUUUUUAUCUUAUAAGUUUACAGUAUUAAUAAAUAUUUUAUUUAUUAA